AUGCUGGCUGUAAACGUAAUUAUGGGGUUUUACAUCAAAAAACUAAGCAAAGCACACGAAACUCAUAAUUAAAUUUAUGAUGGAUGCAAAACAGUUCAUGCAGCUGUUUCUUUGUUUCUAUGACAACAAGAUCCGCCUUCAGACGAACAUGUUUUGCAGCAAAAUAGUAAUGAUACAAUCUUCAGGUAACGGCCACAGACAAGAGUUGCGGGGGCCGCGAAGAAGACCUUGUCUACACCAUCCAGCAAAGACCUCAUGAUCUCCCCGCCUUCAGAUUAGAACCCCAUUCGGGCGAGUUAUGUCUACUCAAAGAUCUUGACUUCGAACAACAGCAAAGUUUCCAACUCACCGUUCUCGCCAGCAGCCAAAGUAGGUGCCACGGUCAGCAUUGUGCAAGUGGACCGGCUAUGAAAACAAUCUAGCUAAAAAUAAGUGUGAAAGUGUAAAUGGGAAGGAGAAAUCGACACGCAACCGUGUCUUUUUCUAUCUCCGAUGUAGAGAAAAUAACUUUCUAGGGACACAAGCGAAUAAUGCACCUGUUGAGGCGAUUCUAAAUUAUUUACACUACCGGAAUCUCUCAUCCCUCUAUAAUUACCUGGGAUACGUCAAGAAGGCGUUAAUUACACAUCUCUCUUGCAGACCAGAAGACGGCAACGGCAUUGGUGAAUGUCUACGUCCAAGAUCUGAAUGAUAAUUUCCCGGAGUUUGCACCUCUUCAUUAUUAUACUUUCAUCAGCAAGGAACUCAAAGCCAAUACAACCUGGCCGUUGUUACAAGUCAACGCCUAUGACAAGGAUAAUGGCGAGUUCGGAGAGUUGGUCUACAGUUUGGUGGACUCUAUGGAAAGGGCAUUUAAGUUAGACCCGAAUACUGGAAUGCUUUAUUAUGCAAAGGAACUGGGUCAAAACAUUUGGAAAAAGAAAUAUCUCGAACUUAAGGUGAUUGCCACAGAUGGAGGGCGCCUACAAAGCAAGGAAAGUGUAAGUUUCGUACAACAUUAAUAAAAAAGUUACAUUUCAGGCCAUAAUUCACAUUACUCUCAAUGAUUCCAAGUAUUGUCCGUCCUUUUCUCAGAGGAUAUACGAAUUCGAAGUUACCGAGGAUAUACUUCCGGGUAUCGCAUUUGGAGUUCUGAAGGCUGAAGGUGCCUCGAUUGUGAAUAUAAAGGCAUCAGAUGACAAAGAACCCGACUAUUUUCAUCUGGAACCAUCAUCAGGAAGACUCUCCGUCCUAAGAGACAUCUCCGAAAAAGAGGUUUAUUACCUUACAAUCGAAGCUAUAUCGUCUGCCGGUUGUUCCGGCUAUGCCCAAGUCAAGGUUGUUGUAGAAGAUGUAAACAAUCACACGCCCGAGUUUGAUGCAGACCAUCUUGAAGUCACGAUCCCCGAGAAUUACCCUAUCCACACCAACUUCUUCUCCGUUCGAGCUCAUGACAAAGACCGUAAUGAGGUAAAACGCUUGGUUAAAACAGAACAAAAAGCAUUUUAGAACGGCCGAGUGACCUACGAACUCAUGUCCAGUCAUCCUCCCUGCCCAAUUAUAGUCCAGCCACUCACUGGGCAGACCAUUCUAGCCGCUCCUUUGGAUUACGAGACAGUAAAACAAUACGAAUUAGUCAUCCGGGCUCAAGAUCAAGGGAUCCCGGCAUUAAGUGCGAGUAUAAAUAUCACACUUAAAGUACUCGAUGUCAACGACAACCCUCCAGAGUUCAAGAGUAAUCUUUACAAGGCCGAGGUGAGUGAAUCAUAUUUAAAAACAAAACCGUUUAAAUACUCGAGAAUUAUAGAUAGCGGAGAACACAGCUGUGAUGACAACAGUACUCAAAGUAGAGGCCAGUGAUAAGGACAGUGGAAGCAAUGGGAAGAUAAAGUAUCGGAUAGUAAACAAGAUGCCCUCGGCUUUCGAAAUUAACGCUCUCACUGGGGAAAUAUUCCUGAAGAAGGCGAUAGACAGGGAACAACAUGCUGAUUACUCGUUUGUGGUCUUAGUGGCUGAUAUGGGGACUGUAAGCAGUAUAUUCUAAAAAGUAUAUCUAUUCAUUUAGCCUUCCUUGGAAGCCAAUGCGUCAGUGCAUAUUAAAGUUCUGGACAUAAACGACAACAGCCCUAAUUGCUCGACCAUUAAACCCCUCGAAAUAAAAGAAAAUGAAAUUAGAAAUAUUAUUGGCAAAAUCGAGGCCAAGGACCCGGAUUAUGGCCCCAAUGGUACAGUGACCUAUAGAAUCCAGAGACAUAACGAAUACUUCGAUGUGAAAGACAGCGGUAAGAGAGCGAAACAUAAAAUAAUCUUGUACAGGUCAUGUUACCCUCAAGAAAAGGCUUCCCUCAAAUCUGGAGGGUUACGGUAUCUUUGUCAUCGCUGAGGAUCAUGGCCCUCUCCCACGAGCUGUAGUGUGUCAGGUGAGAAUAAACGUGGUAAAAGAGAUCUCUCACGUUGUAAUCUUGGAUCCCGUGGAUUCGUUGAUCAAAUUAGACCCAGCUUGUGGAGUUGGCUGUCAAUUGGCAAGGAUUAAUGUGAGCAAUGUGCAGAGAUGGGAACUCCAGAACAGUCACAUUUCACAAUACUUCAAGAUCGAGGACGGAGUUUUGAAGAUAGACAAGAACAUAGAAGACGAAAAUCUUUUCGUAACCCCCCAACAGGUGGUAGUGAACAUGUUUGACCAGCAGAAUAACCGAAAACAACUCUCGUUCACCAUCAAGAAGUGGCUGAGGGUGGUUAAUCACGAACAUACGAACACAAUCCGCGUUUCCGAGAGAUUAUUACCCGGCACUAAAGUUGUAUCCGGAGGCGGGACCUUGGAACAUUGCUAUUAUACACUGGAACAAAGCAUGCGAGAGGUUAGAAUAUUCAUGAUAAUAGCACUACAUAAAAGUUAUGAUAAUAUAAUGGAGGUAUUUUUACAGACAUUUGACUUGAAUCCGAUCACUGGUGACGUCUACUUGACAACUCGUCUAAAUUACACCGAAAUGCCCUCGUAUAGCCUCAAACUGACUCGUCAUAACAUCCUGACUCCAGAUCUGCUUCAAUCCACUCUAAUUGUAGAUGUGGAAGAUGAGAAUCUGCAUUCCCCCAGAUUCUCCCAGCCUUCUUACCUCUUCUCAGUAAUGGAGGAUAUUUCUAUUGGCUCUGUGAUUGGCCGGGUUUAUGCCUCUCAUCAAGAUGACAACAAAACCCUGACUUUCAGAAUAAUCGGGGAGAAUGAUUACUUUACGGUGGAUGAAAGCAAUGGCGAGAUUUAUGUAAAAUCUGGAUUGGAUUUCAUAAAAGAUCCGAGGCAUCAUCUGGUGGUGGAAGUCCUUGAUACUCCAUCCAAUCUCGGGAACCGACGGAAUAAUAAAUGUAUUGUGAUAGUGGAGGUGACAGAUACAAACAACCACGCACCGCUCUUUGUAUCUGCUCAGAAUACUACUCUCAUCUUGGAUCCCAUGAUUUCCUCUGUCCCUUUCCAUUACUUUGUGGCUACGGAUGGGGAUUCUGGGGAUUUUGGGAAGGUCCGAUACUCGAUUGUGCAUGGGAACAAACCACAAUUCUUCAAUUUAAAUCCAGAAACAGGUAAGAAAUAUAAAAUAAAGUCAUUUAUUUACAAUAUUAUAUAAUUUAGGAGAAUUAUCGGUGAUUCAUCGACCAGAUUCCUCGAUCAAAUUAACGGUGAGGGCAGCUGAUUUGGACCCUAUUUCCCCAAGAUACGUAGACCAAAUCUUCUCCAUCGAUGUCAAACAGUCUGAUUCCCAGUGGUUUUUCUUUUCCAAAUCUGUAAAUGAAGUUACGGUAACCCCGGAGAUGAAGAAAGGAGCGAUUCUACUCGAUUUUGGGAGAAAGAUUAAAAGUAAAGAAGGGUUGAAGUUGACAUUAUUUUGUGUCUGCAUAUUUUUAAUUUAUAUUAAUUUAGGCAACUCUCUGUUCUUCAAAUUGAUACCCCAGACAGAAAAAAACUUUGUCAUCGAUGAGCUGAGCGGGGUUUUGGCUCUGAAUACCGAUCAAUUUAUACAAAAGUCACACAGUUUGGCAGGUGAGGAUUAAUUAAUUUUUAAGUUUCUCCAAAAUUUGAUGACAUAUACUUAUUUUUAGUAUAUGUUUUGGACAAGAUAACCAAUAAAUCGGACACGACAUCAGUUGUGAUCAGGACCCCAUCUCCCUCCAAUGGCCCCAAAAUUUCAGCGCUUACUUGUGGCCAAAUCUCGGUUAUCGAAAAUCGAGAUUUUGAUGUCUUAACAAAAGUUGUGGCCACUAUUAAUGGCGACUCAUCCGAAGAAAUAAGAUACAGUAUUGUUGGAGGGUCAGGAGGAAGUCAUUUCAAGAUUGAUGAGGUCACUGGAGUCAUCUCAGCGACACGUUUGGAUCGGGAGAUUCAAGAUGAACAUAUCUUGGUGGUUUCGGCCUCGGAUCAGCAGACCCCCAAGAGAGUUGACGUCUGCACCAUCACGAUUCAUGUUCUGGAUGAGAAUGAUAACGCCCCCAAUUUUCUCAAGAAUUCAUCGAUCAUAUUUACAAUCAGCGAUAAACAUAUGCCUGGGGCCAUUAUUGGAAGAGUGGAGGCGACAGAUUUGGACUCGGACCUAAAUGGGAAAGUGUGGUACAAACUGAGCACUGAUGAAAGUGGAAUGCUCGACAUUAUGCCUCAAACUGGAGAGAUCGUCUUCGCUAGGUGAGCUGGGCAAGGAAUGCACAGUGUAAAUUCUUUUCACCAAGGAAGCACCGACCUGCACUGUGCAAUUGUCGUUAUUUUUGUACUAUGCAAAUUUUCGUAACAACACAAAUUGUACUGUGCAGUUUUCCAUUCGCAGAUCUUUUCAAUGAAUCUGAGAUUCACGCGAUCUUCCGUGCUGGUGAGGAAAAAAAUUUACUCUCGCGCCGUAAGGCCUGCACAAUUUGCACAGUGCGUUUUUGUCUUUUUUGCCUCACACGCCGCUGUAGACUUCCCGUUUACAUUAAUGACAUGCACUUUUCUGCGAGCUCAGCCCAACGACGUCGGCAAAAAAAUCGACGGACUCACUAUGGGCGAGUAAAGACUAGCAAAAUGUAAAAUCAGCUGUAUUUUUUAGAAAUCUCCCAUUUACAAGUCUCGGGUGGGAAGCUACAGUAAUCGCGGAAGAUCUUGGUAUCAGCAAAACGAUGCAUUCCACUGAAACGAUUACAAUAAAGUGGGAGAGGAAGUCGAUAAAAAUAGAUGAGAUCGAUGAGGUCCAGUUUUUGAGGCAUAAUUAUACUGCUACAGUCAUGGAAGGCCUUCCAAAAGGAACAUUUGUCACCCAGGUAGGCCAAAAUAAAUAAAUAAAAAAGAUCUCAGUUGGAAAGUACGGAUACCUUCAUGCCGAUCAAUAAAGUGACCUAUGGAAUCAUCUCCGGAAACCAUGACACUGCGUUUGCUAUCGAUGAGUUGGGAGUUCUGAAAACGGCGCAAGUUCUGGACAGCGAGAUCCGCCCUUUUUAUGUUCUAAAAUUGGUGGCCAAAGGCAAUUUCCGAGUGCUUCCUGAGUGUUUUGUCACCAUCAGAGUGAUCAAUGUGAACGAUAAUUCGCCGAUGUUCUCUCCUCCUCUGAGUCAGCACAUUGAAGAAGAUCUGCCCAUCGGAUCUUUGGUAAUGUCAGUCCGAGCUCGUGAUGCUGAUCCUGAUUCCUUCCUGGAAUACGCCUUAUCCCCGCCCACAGAGUUCUUCCAUUUGAAUCGAAUAACCGGAGAGAUUCUACUUCUGAAAGAACUAGAUUACGAGACUCAGACAGAACACGUGCUCAACAUCCAUGCCUAUGAUGGAGAGCACACUGUCUUCACAGAAUUCACCAUCAAACUCAUCGAUGUGAAUGACAAUGCUCCAAAGUUUACCAAUGAUCUGUUCGAGUUUAAUGUGGGGGAAGAUACACGACAAGGAAGCGCGAUUGGAAGAAUAAGUGCGAUGGAUGCGGACUCGGAAGAGUUCGGGAGACUGCAUUAUUCGAUCAUUGAAUCCCAAAGUUUGAUCGCUCUGGAUGGGGAUUCUGGAAUCGUGACGUUAAUAAAGCCCCUAAGGAAGAUGGAGACCGUCUUCAUGACUGUUCAAGUGAGCAUUUCAGUCGUAAUCACACGCUUAAUUCCAGGCCCGUGACUUCGGCAGUCCCCCUUUGUUAUCCCUCUCCACAAUCCGCCUUUCCGGGGCUCCUCGAACCAACAGAAAUCCCCCAAAGUUCCAGAAGAACGAGUCAAAAUUCAUGGUUUCCGAGGACUUUCCCUUGUAUCUUCCCUUUGGCCACAUUCCAGUUUCACAGGAUUCCAAUACUUUACUCGAAUUUAAUAUUAUCAGCGUUGAUGGACAACCCCUGCCGUUUAAAAUAUUGCCAAAUGGAAAUAUUUGUCUGACCAAGGCGUUGGAUUACGAGAAAAAGAAAAGUUUUAACGCCGAGAUCUCGGUCAAGAAUGCAUUUGAGCCAGAAAACUCGAGAAACACGGCCUUGUCCAAGAGCAAUCUCUACAUUUCGGUGGCUGAUGCCAAUGACAAUGACCCUGUUAUCGAUGAGAAAUCUAAAAAUAUUGUUGUUCAUGUGAAUGAGAGGAUAGAAAAAGGAACUGUAGUGGCGAAGUAAGGACCUUAUUUCAUGAUAAGUUCAAAAUAUUUUUUUAGAAUUGAGGCCAACGAUAAGGAUGAUGCCGAUAAUUCGAAGCUAGGUUUCUAUAUCCUGGCUGGGAAUGACCCCCCAAUGUUCUCAAUAAAUCAAACUUCUGGAGAUUUAAUAUUCGAAAAGUGGUACGAUGAGAGAUUCCUGGAGAGUGGAUCCUCCUCCGAUUUGCAAGAGAGUUUAUCAGUGAUUGUGACUGAUAACGGGGCCAAUAAGAGAUGGAUUGCCACCGAUGUAAAGAUCGUUUUGUCCUUUGAUGAUUGGUCCGGCUCUGGCCCUAUAUUCCCGGUUCCGUUCUACAAAGUUUUUGUGCCUGAAGCUACUUCUAAGGGGUCUACUUUAUUGAGAGUGAAGCCAGUCAACAGAUUAGGAUUACAUGAUGACUCUUGGCGAUACGAAAUAAUCAAUAAUGACGAGAUAUUCUCGAUAAACGAGACGACUGGAAGCAUAUAUCUAAGUGGGGAGCUCGAUUACGAACUGCAUAAUGAAUAUGAAUUUGUGGUGAUCGCAAAAGAUCAAAGACAAAGGUCUGCCAAGAUACCUGUUUACAUAGCCGUCUUUGGCGUCGACGAGAACGCCCCUAUCUUUACUAUGCCAUUUUAUGAGUUUUAUGUAAGUGUAAAAGUAGCAACGCUAUAGUUAAUAUCAUUUUAGGUGUCUUGGACAACGUUAGUUGGUCAAGAAAUUGGAAGAGUCGAAGCUGUCGAUGCAGACAAAGGAAUCCACAGUAAAGUUGUAUAUUCAUUGGACGACAAGCUUGUGAAAUCAAUCGUAAUCGACCCAAAUUCUGGAAUCUUAACAUUAAAAGAGCCUCUGGCCAGGCUGAACAAUCAUUCAGUUGAGGAAAUCACCGUAAUCGCCUCAUCCAGUCCCCUCCAGUUCUCCAAAUCGAAGAUCACAUUACACUUUAUGGACUCCACAGAUGUCUUAUAUUCAAUCCAAAACAGCCUUCCUCAUCUAAAUCGUCUUAUUCUGGGGAUCGGAGCCAGUUUUGUCUUCUUGAUUAUCGUCUUGUUGAGUGUGAUGUUAUAUAGAUUCUGUCGGAAAAGAAGUAUCAUGAACAAUCCCAAACGACACGUGUAUUCUGUGGCCAAGGGAAAUGUGGCCAUGAUGGCCAACGUGAACAGAUUGUCGCCCAAUUAUUUGAGAUCUGUAAACAGUACUGCACAUACGACCAUCUCUCAACCAUGUUCCAUCAAAUCAUACGAAGCCGAGGACACAACAACCAGGAUUGAUAAUGAAUAUAUUCGGACUGAGGAGGGGAUGACAAGGUCUCAGAUGGAUUCGGGGAUUGACCCAGACUCCCUGUCCAUUGUGAGUGGCGUCACUGAUUAUCUCAGUCAUGUGAUGACAAGGACUUCCUUCACUUUGAAUGCAUCAAAUGAUCCUACCGUCAAUCAGAUCCUAAACGCGACUCUCCAAGACACUUCUUUUGAAAAAGAACCUGUCCUGGGUACAGUCCGGCCUACCAUUAGUUUAGCCAGGCCUUCGUCAAUACGAAAACAAGUGAGUCAUACAAUUUACCAGGGGCGUAGCUGAGGAAUUGGUCUUGGGGGCCCUUUACCAUUUUUUCGCUGACUCCUGGCCCUAUCCCAGAUACGCCCCUGCAAUUUACAGGGUGGUUACAAAAAAUGGAAGGUCAUAUAUUGUCCAUUUAACAUCAAUAUCAGUAACAUAGAGCGUUAAUAGCAUGUUCAGCUAGCUACAGAGAGCCUUUGGCUCCGUUAUUGGCGAUUACUUGCCGAAUACAAAUCUUUGCGGCGUAUAUCACAGGUGCUGACCCCCAAUUGCAAUUGAUAAAUAUGUAUAGUCCAUCGGACUAAUAAAGCGAAUAGGCGGCCAUUCCGCAGACGGGAUGAAAUCGGGAAAAUUGGUCCUAUUUCUGGCUUGAAGCCUUCUUUGUGCUGUAGUCAGAACGGAAUCUUGUUGGAACGGUUAAUUUGCAUCGCCGAAGUGUUACUGAUAUGGACAUGGAAAAAUAACUAGUGCAGAAAAGCACGGUGAAAUUUAAUUGUACAAGAAUUAUUUGGCUGCACAUAAAAGCUUUCGUGUCACCCAUGAAAAAAGCUUCCAUUUUUUGUGACCACCCAGCAUAUUUAUUUUGGUUGUAUAUGAUAACAGUUAUUUUAGCUGAAUUUCAAUUUCCCGGACCUUCCCAACUUCAACGAAAUUCUUCGUGAGAAGGAAGAAGAGAAUAUAUUACUGUAAAUACUAUAUGCAUAUCAGAUGUUUAUGAACUAGUCAAAUUUCUAAGGGUCAACUAAAGGUGCUUUAUUUUGAUGAUAUAAAUAAAAAGAAUACACUAAUGUAAUACCUAUCUUGCAUAGAUUCAAAUAAUUAAUAUGUUAAAUGAUAAGUAAUGCAGUAAAUUUUAUAUUUUAUCCAAUUUCAUUUUUUAAAACAACUUUUUUUAGCAGUUUUAAAUUCCACACCCCCCUGUCCCUUGUGCCGCUUUCCCACGAGAAUUGUCUUUAAUUUUGGGGACGACUCUGUCCAAUAAAUAAAUAAUCCAUUAAUCACAGAAUUUGAGGAAUUACAUUGUUAUGAGUAGAUUUUAUAGAGGUCUGGAAUGAGGUUACAUUGCUCCGUACAUCGUUAUAAAAUUUGUGGUCGGUCUAGAGGAAGAUGGGGGACGAAGAUGGGCGAAGAAGAAGAAGACGGAGCUUCUUUCCGGGGAUGCGCAGUGUUUGGCCAGGAUGCCCAAGUAUGUAGCACAAGCUGCUUCUAUUGCUUUUUCCUCUUUUUUCUCCUUUUCUACUCUUUGGACCCCGAAAACGCGCCAAGACGACUUCCGCGGGCCGAAGCCCGGCCUAAAGAGGAAUCUGGAUAGACGCCCAACCUCUCUCCCAUUACCUCAGCCUGAGGCUAAACGAUUUGGACAAGACCGUCCCCCGGUUCUUUUCAAAACCCGGCCUUGUUCAUUUCUCCGCACGGUGGUGUGCCUGAUUUGA